AAGCUAACCAAAUCUUGUCUUAGGUUUGAUACACAGCUGGACUAGUCAAGUUACUUGCAUAGCAUAAAAUUGGUAAAAUGGACCCACCCAGUGUCUUCAACUUAAAGGGCAAAUCGUGUACUAAUCAGGGACAUGGGUGAAAGAAAGCGUGAAAGCUUAAUUUCACCAAAUUUAUAAUUCAGUGUAGAAGAUCUUGCAGUAUCUUUGAUGAAUGGGAUCCACCACCACAAGCCUAGACACCACUUUCGUCAGUCACCAUCAAGAUAAGAAGAUGAUCGACCAUUAUUAGUGCAGCAAACAGUAACUAUGGAUGGGAGAUAAAAGGCUCAGAAAUCAUGGAAGAAACUUUAGAAUGGUUUCCAUUGUGACUAUGGAAAACUACUAUGAUUCUGGCUGGCACAUGAGCACCAGCUGGGCUCAAUGCAGUGAUCAUUCUUCUUCCUUUGCAGUUCCUACACAAAUACUUCCUCAUGCCACUGACUCUGCCUCUCUUCAAUUUGGUGAGUUCCACUCAUGGCCACUUCCCAUUGAAGGGGCCGAAGAAGAGAGAGCAAUGAGUGCUUCCAAGAGCCACAGCCAAGCUGAGAAAAGGCGCAGAGACAGAAUCAAUGCACAGCUUGCAACUCUCAGAAAACUUAUUCCCAAAUCCGAUAAGAUGGACAAGGCAGCUUUACUAGGGAGUGUGAUAGACCAUGUCAAAGAUCUAAAGAGAAAAACCAUGGAUGUUAGCAGAGCUUUCACAGUUCCAACUGAAAUUGAUGAAGUAUCAAUUGACUGUGACCAUGUAGAAGAUGAAAGCUGCACUAAAGUGAACAAAUUGAAGGAGAAUAUUGUGAUCAAAGCUUCUGUUUGCUGCGAUGAUCGACCAGAACUGUUCCCUGAACUCAUCCAAGUUCUCAAGGGCUUGAGACUGACGGCAGUUAAAGCUGACAUAGCCAGUGUAGGUGGCCGGAUCAAAAGCAUAUUGGUGCUUUGUUCUAAGGAUAGUGAAGAGGGUGUUUGCCUCACCACUCUCAAACAGUCCCUCAAAUCUGCUGUCACCAAAAUAGCUUCAUCAUCCAUGACAUCUAAUUGCCCCACCAGAAGUAAGAGGCAGAGAUUCUUCUUGCCUUCUCGUUGCCUACAGUAAUUUAAUUAUAUAUUGUAAAAUCAUUUUCAUUUGCCCCUAAGGGUCAUUUCAGUGGGGCAAUUAUUUGCUUUAUUUUUCAAUAUUUAUAUACGGAUAAGAUAUAUAGCUUUUCCAUUAGGAAGAUGAAAUCAUGAAAUAUUAGUUCUGUGCCACCGAUUAAACUAAAGUUAAAGAGUGAGAAACUAAAUCAGAGGGAAUAAUGUGUAAAAGGUUAAGUGCAGAAAACGGCGUGUGGCCUCCUCCUGCAUCAGGAAUAGAAAAGAUGCAAAUUGAUUUACCUAUCAUUCAAUUAAUAGAAUGAGUGGAUUAGUAAAAGGGUGAAUAACGUAGCAAGAGAAAAAGAAAGUAAGAGAACAGAGGAAAAGCAAGCGAUCAUUGAGUUGCUCGUUAAUUCUUAGCAGACAAAUGUUAGUGUUAAAUCACUUCAUGUUUGACUUAAAGAAUUAGAUGUGAUCAAUGCAUUCAGAAAAUAUUGGCACGUCCACUCAAGUAGUUUUCAUCUCCUCUAUCACAACACCAGAUAUUUCCUUUGUUAAUUAAUGAGGCCAAUACUGAAAAACUUUCAUGUUGUGUAAAAACAAUAUGAUAUUUCUUUAAAAUGGUUAAUGUGCCUUUUUUCUCAUUUA